AUGGCAGAAGCAGUUUUUCAUCCCCCAAGAAGGAAGAGAAGAGUGUUUGAGUCAUAUGAGUCUCCCUUUCCUGUGGAUGUAGGUGGGAAGGAUUUCAGAAUAUGCCAGGCUGAAAUCAUUAACAACAAUGUUAUUGUGAGAAACCCUGAAGAUAUUGAACAGCUUUAUAACAAGGGUUAUUUUGGAAAAGGUAUCCUUUCAAGAAGUCGACCAGUGUACAGCAUUUCAGAUCCUUCACUGGUUACUAAGUGGCAAGGUGCUAACAUAAACUUGCCUAUAAUUGCAUCCAAAAAGUACCAGUGUCAUGUUCAGUGGGCUAAAAGUAUUUUGCAAGAGCAAGGAUUUGAUGACUGCUCGGUUACCAAAAUUCUUGAAAAUUACACUAAGCCUCUUGAGCUGCCAUUUUUGAAAGAGGAUGGAGCUGAACAAACCAGCAAUAGUUGCAACAGAAUGGGCCCAAAUACAGAAAAUACAGAACUUUCCAGACAAUCUUCUACAGCUAUUGGAAAUGUGGUAGCCCUAAGUCCUGAGAAUCAGAAUGAAGGCUACAAGAAAGCCUGUUUGGAAGGAGAUCCUGCAUUUGAUCCUGUGGCCAUACAUGGCUCCAAAGAACAAGAAGAAGGAGACUUGAAAGAGGUAGCUGAAGUGUCUUGCCAGAAGCAUGGUUUUCUCAUGCAUUGCGGCUGCAAGGAGAGUACUGAGCAAGGAUCUUGUGAGAUGAUCAAGUCAAAAGAGUGUGCUCCAGAAUAUGUAUUGGUGCAAGAGGAAGAAGAAGGCAGCUUAUGUCCUGAAGAUGAUGCUGCUCAUGCGCAAGAAAAUGUUGUCAAGAAGGAAAAACUAGUAUGCAGAAGAAAUCCAUUUAGGAUUUUUGAAUAUUUACAACUCAGCUUGGAAGAGGCUUUUUUCUUGGUAUAUGCUCUGGGAUGUUUAAGUAUUUAUUAUGGUGAGGAGCCUCUAACUAUUUUGAAGCUAUGGGAAGUUUUCAGCGAAGUGAAGCCCAACUUUAAAACUACUUACAUGGCAUAUCACUACUUCCGCAGUAAGGGUUGGGUCCCCAAAGUCGGACUGAAGUAUGGAACUGAUCUCUUGCUGUAUCGAAAAGGCCCGCCCUUCUAUCAUGCAAGUUACUCUGUCAUUGCUGAAUUAGUUGAUGAUAAUUUUGAAGGUUCUCUUCGCAGACCACUCAGCUGGAAGUCCUUGUCUGGCUUGAACAGAACAACUGUUAAUGCUUCUAAGGAACUUAUGUUAUGCUAUUUGAUUAGACCGUCUGAGAUGACUGAAAAAGAGAUGUCGACACCAGAAUGUAUGAAAAGAAUUAAGGUUCAGGAACUGAUUGUAUCUCGUUGGGUUGCUUCCCGUGAGCGCAGUGAGCAAGAUGAACUUUAACUGACUGUAUAGGAAAAACUUUUUUUUUUUUCCCAAACCACGCCUUGUUGUUUUUU